CUGCCACAAACGACAUCAGUUGAACAACAAAUCGCAAGAGUUAAACGCGUUGAAUAAGCGCUCAUCAAAGCAACAACAAAAGCUAACAGCAAAUUAAACAUAUUUAAAUCUCGCGCAUUUAUUGAAAGUGAAAAGUAAAUUGAAAGUGAAAAAAAUGGCAAAUCUACCAUUGAUCUUGAGCUUGGCCAAUGACCUCAGCCGCCUGACACCAUUCUACGAACCGGCCUUCUACUCGAGCUGCCCAGCACUGGCUGGUGCACCCGGAAAUCAAUUGCGUAAAUUCGAAAAGGACUUGCCCGUUGCGACUAUUGGUAAGGACGGCUUCCAGGCCAGUUUGGAUGUGCAGCAAUUCAAGCCGAGUGAAUUGAGUGUGAAAGUUGUCGAUGAUCACAUCGUGGUUGAAGGUAAACACGAGGAGCGUGAAGAUGAUCAUGGUUAUAUUUCAAGACACUUUGUGAGACGCUACGCUUUGCCAAAGGGUUUCGAUGCCGAUAAAGUGGUUUCUACACUCUCAUCGGAUGGUGUGCUGACUGUACGUGUACCAAAGCCAGCCAUCGAGGAUAAGUCCAACGAGCGUGUAAUACAAAUUCAACAAGUUGGUCCCGCACAUUUGAAUGUGAAGGAAAAUCCGAAAGAGGUAACCAGUGAGGAGCAGGCAAGCGCUUAAGCACUCUUUGUUACAACUGGGUGUGCCGCUCAGGGUUGAUUUAUUCAAUUUUUUUCGUUCGAAUCGUUUAACUGUUAAAUCACUUCAACCAGUAUAUAUACACAUACAUAUGCACUAUAAGCAAAUAAUUGCUGCCAAAAAUUGUAUUAUAAAAUUAUAUUAAUUCUAAAAAUAUACUAUAGCAUUUAAAUAAAUCUUAACAUUAAAAAAUAAA